GGCGCCCCCUGGGGGUCGAGCGCCUGGCACUGCAGCCUCUCGGCUUCCUGCGAGUGCGAAUUCUGGCCAGAUUUAACUGGGCUCGAGUGCGACUUGGCCCUCCGCCUGGUGGGGCAGCCUCUGGCCAGGCAGCUGGUGGUCCGAGGCCUGCGGGAGUUCGUGCAGGACCCCGACCCCGCAAAGCCCCUGGUGCUGUCCUUCCACGGCUGGACGGGCACGGGCAAGACCUUCCUCAGCUCCCUGCUGGUCCAGCACCUCUUCCGGACCGGGCUCCAGACCGCCUACGUCCACAGGUUCUCCCCCUUGGUGCACUUUCCCCACGCCGAGCACCUCGAGCAGUACAAGGACGAUCUCAGAAGCUGGAUCCAGGGGAAUCUGACCCGGUGCAGCCGGUCUCUUUUUCUCUUUGACGAGAUGGAUGACCUGCACCCGGGCUUGAUUGACGUGAUCCUGCCGUUCCUGGGAUCUUCCUGGGUGGUGUUCGGAACCAACUACAGAAAAGCCAUCUUCGUGUUUAUCAGCAAUACGGGCGCAGAACAGAUUAACCGUAUCGCUCUGGACCUCUGGCGAGCCCGCAGAGACCGGGAGGAGGUCGGUCUGCAGGACCUGGAACCAGCGAUUUUGGAAGCGGUCUCUAAAAACCCCCAAAGUGGAUUCUGGAAAUCUGGAAUCAUUGAGCAACACUUGAUCGACAUCUUCGUGCCCUUCCUUCCCCUCAAACGGCACCACGUGAAGCAGUGCGUGGUCAACGAAAUGGCCAGCCAGGGUCUCCUCCCUCGCCCGGAGGUCGUCGAUGGCGUUGCAGACAGCUUUUCCUACUUCCCCAAAGAGGAGAAAAUCUUCUCGUCGACCGGAUGCAAAACUGUGGCUUCCCGCAUCCCAUUCUUCCUAUGACCUCUUCUAGAGGCGUUUUCUUUCUGGAAGACGGCUGACGGCUUUCUUUCAAACGAGGAGAGUUUGUGGGUUCUGAAAUCUGCACCCAAAGGACCAAGGAACAGCCUUUCCAGAGAGCAAAGAACUAGGCUGACUCGAUCAAAUGGGUUAAUUCAAAAGAGAAGAUGCUGUGAUGUAUCGAGAGGGAAUCUACGCUGCUUUUAAAACAGCUUCUCGGACGUUUUACAGAUUCCUGACUUUAAGUGCCGUCGAAGGAAUUAAUUUUCUACGGAUUCUUAAAAUCCUACCUCAAACAUUAUCUUCAGGCACACUGUGAUUUUUGUAUCCAAUGUUGCAAUUCUAAUUCAGGGUGGGUUGGUUUGCAGGGAAUACCCUGUUGUGUAAACCAGAACCUGAUGAACCCAGACGUGGGUUUUGCUAAGAUGCAGCUACCCUUAAAAGAUUUUUUAGUCGACAAUGUGAAAUUAGAAGUCUGAAGAAACCACUAGCCAAAGAGCAUCUGUGUCUGUGCUGUCGGUUUAAAUAGGCAAGGAAGUGUCUAAGUCCAGGAGUGAUGUUGUGAUCGUGGAAGUGUAUGGUGGUUGAACGAAAAUAGGCCAUUGCAAGACAUACCAGCCAGACUCAGAUCCUCGGCGCAGAAACAUUUGGGUCCAUCUCUAGGGAAGACGGGAGGGAAUAGUCUUUCUGCUGCAUGCAGGAAAACACCAAUAGGCCCUUCUUAAUGCUGAAUUUAACACAAAAUAAACGUGAAAAACCUGGACAUAC